AACCUCACAUUCCUGCGCUGAAAGUUUCUAAUCAGCUACUCCUAAUUAGAAGUGAAUCUGAUUUGUUUGUUCGCUGAUAUUUGACUGUCGCCUGUUUUCCCCUCCCGAAGUCGCCGAUCCGGUGACCAAAGGCACCCAUGUCUUUCACACAGUCAGAGCUUCAGGCUCUGUUCGCCAACCUUACAGGGAAGCCACAGGCGGCAGGAUUAUCGCCUGGUAACAGACAGCAAGAGAACCUCGCACAUGGCCCGUCCAACUCUCCCGGGCACUCUCAACGGCUCCCUCAAUAUGCUCCGCCCUCGGUUUCAUCGCCGCUGUUCAGUCCACCGGUGGCUGGGACCCCUCCCCACCAUGGAUCUGACAUAAUUAGUCCCAAUGUUUCUACUCCACGGAACGAGCCGAGUGUUCAGACUGUUUCGAACUCAAACCGGACCGCCCAAUUGCUCAAUUUGCUUAAAGUCAGCAACGCUGCGCCCGGCGGCAUCGCGCCUAAAACCCAAGAUCUGGCAGGAGAGUCUUCAGGUUUUACCAAACAAGGAGCAGCAAGCUCUGAACAGAACCAAAAUGGGCAUACUCGAGGCAUUUCGGCUUCCGACUUGGUUGCUUCCUUCAUGGCCAAGCCCACCCCGGAACGCGUAGCUGUCUCGGGUUCACCGUCCAUGAGCCAGAAUCAACCCGUCGAAGACGCCCAGGAGAUGCUACUACGGUUACUCAAUCGUCCUAAGCCCCAGCAAAACCAGUCUCCAGAAGGCCAGCCAGUGGCUUCUCCUCCAGAGCCCAUUGAACCCCACGUCCCCGAGAAGGAAGACGUCGGGGUUCGCAAGUCGUCGCCAGUUCGCACGUUCGGAACUCGUGAGAGCCGUGAGACUACUCCGUUCGAACCUCCAAAGCCACAGCCGCCUGUGCAGGGAUCGAUUUUCAGCUAUGUUAACCCGUUCGAGCAGCUCGCUGCGGCGUCGCCACGUCCCCGAUCUUCUCAGGCAAAUAGAACUAGCUCUGCCCAAGCCGUUCCGGUUACUGAUGUGCACAAGGGUAAGGAACGCGAGAUGAAACCUUCCAACGGUCUGACGCGGCCUCGCGAAGAGUUUGACUCCCAGUCCAAAGCCGACCAAGCUGGAGGCCAGGGAUCUCCUCCUGAAAAGAAACUCAAGACAAAGGAGAGUAUGCCUGAAGCUCUUGGAAGUGUUGCCGAAAAAGUUGAUACUGAAGUCAAAGCUGCCCUGGCUGCUCUGGCUCAAACCGUUAACGAAGAACAAGUAACCAAAAAAGUCGAAGAUAAGACUGAGGAGCUCCAACAGUCAGCGACCAAGAUUGCGAAAGAGGCCGAACAGGCAGGUGGCGGUGUUCCAGAAGAGCUUGAGAAAGAGCCCACUGGAAACAUUCCCGUCAAACCUGUUGAUGGAACUAAGGAAGAAGAAGAUCUCGUGGACUCGUGGGAAAAUGAAACCGAGCGUGUGGUUCCUGUCUACAGCUUUCCUUUGAAGCCUUUCGUAUCCAUUACUUGGAAGGGCGUCACUACUGAUCCUCUCUCUGUACGGGACGAUGGGUUCAUGGACAUUGCGAGACUUAAAAAGCCAUUUGAUCAACUUGAUCGUUCUCUCACCUCAGCUAAUGCGGAGUACAUUGUUUACGCUCUUUCGAAGAAUGGUGGAAUGCGUAUUAUCCGUCAGGAUGAUGGCCGUGACAGACAGGUGUUCCGCUCAAGCAAUGAUCGCAUCUUCAAUGUUGCCUUGUGCCGCGCGGGGUCAAGCCCGCCGGAAGGUAAGGAAGAAGCAGUCUUGGGUAUUGGAGUUAGCGGUUCUGUCUAUUGGGCGUCUCUUUCCAAUGGAGAGGAUAACCUGUUUGAGAGGGAUGCACUUGACACGCAAAGUUUGAUACUUCCGCCUUUCCCUGCGUCUGACGAAAACACGUCUGGCGGCCAGCUGAAAACGCGCGCCAGGCCAAGUUCACGUCACCCCGAAUUUUUUGCCAUCGGCCGCGGGAAGUCAAUCCAUGUUGUGUGGCCAAAGGCUGCCAUGUCUCCGAAAUAUGGUGUUUCGGGCGUUGAUCGCAAAGUUGAUACGGAAAAGUUUUACAAGGAACGAGCUCUAAAGAUUUCUACCGGAAAAGCUGGAAAAGACUUUGUAUUCAGCGACGAUGAUACCGUCAUUGUUUCUCUUGACAAAACAGGGCGAAUGAGGUUCUGGGAUAUCCACGACAUGAUUGACGCCAGCCCCGGGGCAAGCAAGCCUGAUAUUCGUGUGCCGCUUCUUACACUUGUGACUGGAACGCCCAACGAAAAGUCAUGGCCUACCUCUGUUCUAUUCAUUGACAAGUCCCGACCGUACCUUAAGAUGUGUGCCAUGCGCUAUAUGCUUGUUGGCUUCAGGCAGAAUCACACCCUUCAGUUGUGGGAUUUGGGACUGGGAAAGGCUGUGCAGGAAAUCAACUUUCCCCAUGAGAAAGAAUCAGAUGCUAUCUGCAGUGUUGCUUAUCAUCCCAGCUCCGGAAUCAUUGUCGUCGGCCACCCGACCCGUAAUUCGAUCUACUUUAUCCACCUAUCUGCACCAAGAUACGCCCUUCCACCCAUGUCCCAGAGCGCUUAUAUCCAGGGUGUUGUCGACAAAGACGAGAAGGUGUUUGGACCUCAAUCCACCGCCUGCAUGAGCGGAAUUCGCGAGCUCUCAUUUGGAUCCAGAGGCCAGUUGAGAAGCCUUGAAUUGCUUCCCCUGGCAAAAUCAUUUUCCUCGCAGCGAAGCGUAGAGGAUGAUACUGGCCUGUUCGAAUUGUACGUCAUGCAUUCUCGUGGCGUCACAUGUUUGAAUAUCAAAAAGGCAGACCUAGGCUGGAGCACCGACAACAAGAUCCUCAAGCAUGUUAGCAGUUUGGAAAACGGUUUGAUUGAACUGAAGGAUUUGCAGACUUUGUCUUCGCAACCUGAUGAACAAUCUGUCAGUGGCGAAGCUACAUCGUCGGUCAUGGGAAAUAACAAAGAAGCUGCUAAGAAACCCGAGGUUGUAGCUGAGAAACCUCCAUCUUCCCAAUCGCCCCGUUCUGAGUCUCCAGCCAAGGAAGGAAAGAAAAAGACGCAACAAGCCACUCUAACAACUGCCUCGUUGGAGCCAGCUUCCUCGGAGAAGCCUGAGAAAAAGAAGAAGAAAAAGGGUGCAGCGGAGAAUGGCACCAAGGCAAAAGAGGUUAUUGAAGCACCACAAGCACUUGCUAAUGGAGACGUUCAGCAAGACAAUGAGCCAGCUAAAGCUGUCAAAACAUCUCUGGUUGAGAAAUCUCAAGUCGAAAAGCUUCACUUAUCUGCGAUCGUGCCCAUGACAGACACGUCGACUGAUGUCUGGGCCAAGGGAAUUAACGACGUUAAGGAAGCUUUAUCUGCAGAAUUCUCUAAAUGUCUUAACCAUGAGCUUGGAGGGUUUUACGACCGCUUUAGCGAAGACAGACGUUCCCAGGAUGACCUGUCAAAAGCGCGGCAGGACGCGAUGUUGCGCCUUGUCUCCAGUACUCUGUCCGAGAACGUUGAAAAGAGCCUUGCCCGUAUUAUCAGUGAUAAUAUUCAGUCAACCGUCGUACCAACUAUCAGGAAUGUGACAGCUGCAUCUUUGGAAAAGAAGGUAGCUGAAGAACUUAGUAAGAAUCUUCGUGCGACGAUUCCUCAAUCUAUUAGCAAUGUUUUCCCCGACGCCGUUACUCGUUCGUUACAAGCACCGAAUACGCUCAAAUCUCUAUCCGAAUUAGUGGCGCCUGCUGUCGUUAAAAGUGUGGAAAGCGAACUUAACAAUGCCGUUCGCAACAAGAUUAUGCCGACAAUCAAAAAUGAGUUUACGCGUACAGCUGAGAAGUUGGUCACUGAUGUCGAGCAAAUGCUCGCUUCGAAGAUCAACCAGUUUGAGACGCAACGUAUAACCGAUAGCGUCAAGAUUGAGCAGCUUACUACUCAAGUAAACUCUUUAGUUCAAGUGAUUUCAACAAUGGCGGCGUCUCAGACGAAAUUUCAAGGCGAGAUCCUAGAAAUGAGUCGUCGCUUUGAAGAGAUGCAAGUAGCUGCUCAAGAACAGCGUGCUGCUGCUCCUGGACCUGUGGUUGAGGAGCGCCCUUCACCUGAGCUAUCCCCUGAGGAAGCAGAAUUACGAGAGAUCACUCGACUGAUGGAAGCUGGUGACUACGAAGAAGCAUCAGUAAAAUGGCUUCAAUCUUCCCAUCAGGCCGAGCUUUUUGACAAGCUCUUCGUCAAGUAUAGCUCGGACUAUCUCACAACUCUUUCGCCACUUCUAUCCCUUUCAGUCAGCGCUGCUGUCACAUCUUCCCUUGAGACAAAUGUGUCGGCACGUCUUGACUGGCUCAAGCAAGUCUUCCGCACUGUCAAUAUCCAGGACCCCGACAUCGCCCAAGUCGUGCCUCAAAUUAUGGAUGUUCUAAUUGGAAGACUCCAGAACCUUUACAUGUCUAUCGCGCAGCAUUCACCACACGAUCCUAUCCUCCCCAAGAUUCCACCCCUCACUCGCUGGGCUCGAGAUUUGAAGGAGGCGAACGGCUACUGAUAAGGGUGAAAACGAUCGAUCAGCGAAUUCUACCCAAAAAGCCAUGCUCGUGAUACUCAUAAAUGAGAAAUGACAGAUAUAUUCUUACACGCGAUCUUCCCCGUGGUUUGUUUUCUCAGAAGGCUGAAUCCUAUCAUCUUUGGGUUCAUGGAUAUCUACCCUGAUGCCUCUGUAUCAACUCAUGCCCAUGUACCAUAAUGAAAUUGUGCUUUUUACGUUUGGCAUUUCUCUCCUGAAGUGUACGGGAUGCUCUUGUUUUGUUUUUGCCCCACUCAUCUGCUGCUUGAACCGUAUUUUAAGAAAAGGUACGAAUUCACUUUUGAGGACAUCAUUUUAGCUGGCUCAAACAAGCAUGAUAAUAUCUUAAAAAAAGGACGUGGAAAAGUCGAGACGGAGCUUGCAUACCCACGGAAACAGGACUUGCUAGUUAUGAUUUUAUUUUAUUUUAUUUUAUUUCUUUUUUUGGUUCUCGACGAAGAUUUGGGACUUGGGGAGAUGGAAACGAGACGUCGAUGUUGAGGAAUGGUGAUAAUGGACAAUUCACUCAUUAGGGGGCUCGUGAUUGACAGGAUAGAUUGGUAGCGAAUAUUGAGGGACAACGGAGGCCUUUUUUAAGGCUCUGGAACCU